GACAGCAGUCGCGAUGGGUAUUGGUAUGAGUGCAAUUUCCUACAAAUGAGCCCGACCCUGACUCAAGUACAGAAUACCAUUUCGGCAUGGGAAAACACCUUUCAGAGGUUCCAGAUGAAGAUUAUGUGCCGUACAUGAAGGCCUUCUUCGCUUCAACCAUCCUGUAUAGUUUUGCAAUUUAUCUUGUCAAAAUAUCCAUCAUGUUACAGUAUUGUCGAAUAUUCCAGGAUACCCGUUUUUAUCGAUUUUACUUUUACAUAACGAUCGGCUUGUCGUGUUGGACCGUGUUGAUGUGCCUGUUGCUUCCCUUCAUUUGUGUACCUAUCCAACGCUUCUGGAAUCAUGAUACCCCAGGAACCUGCCUGAAUAUCUUAGCACUAUGGAUGGCUGUCUCGGUUAUAAACAUGGUGACAGAUAUAACCUGCUUCAUCAUACCUAUACCCCCGCUCCUGACGUUGCGGAUGCCGACACGCACGAAGAUACUGUUGGCAUUCAUCUUUGGCUUGGCUCUCUGUCCUUGUAUAAUCUCCGCCUACCGCAUCACUACACUCACCGCCACAGCACACUCGACCGACUCGACAUGGGACAACGCAAAUACGGCAAUGUGGUCCUUUCUCGAAUUGAGUAUUGGUGCAAUCGCUGCCUGCCUACCUACUUAUCGUCCUGUACUAUCAACACUAAUGCCGCGGGUUUUCACUCCGUCGAGCCAUUCAGGCAACAUGCGCACUGAUCCUCCGACCCACCAGCAGGGUUUCUCUUUACAAACAAGUCAUAGCAAUGUGCGGAAGAGCAGGUACGACACGGAAAGCACACGCGGUUUGGGCUUAGUGGAUGCGAAUGAUCAUGGAUAUAGUACUUUGGAAGAAGAGGAAGCUGUUUCGACUCGAUCGGUCAGCUAGGCCUCCGUUACAACACAAACUACGUUCACAAUUGACCACAGUAAAGACCGCACGAAACAGACUUGAAAUGCCAGGAUAACUAUUAAUCCAGCAUACGAUUUUACCAUUCCAAAAACCGUAUUCGGAAUCUCCCCCGUCCGGAGCUUUUCUAGGCUGUAUGUGUUAUGCACGACCAUUUAUAGCUGGCAACUACCUAUCCACGCCUUGGCUGUUACCCUCUAUAGCCUCUGCAUCCCAGCGUGUGAGGACUUUCGUCGCCCAAUAUGACUACAAAUAUAACAAUGGAUGCGAUGGAAUAACGUAGACCAGAUUCAAGGAGUUCCUGUCGUGGUAUGGAAUAUUUGGCUUAGCCCGGUUGUUCAGAUUCGUGGUAAGUCAUCUAACCUACUAAACCAGUUAGGGAGACCUGCCUUACA